CUUCAUUCAACGAGGAAGGAUAUGCCAUAUGUGUUUGUGCUGAAGCCAGGAGGCAGUUAGUUCCAGGACUCAGUAGUUACUUAUUAACAAGGUUUUAAAAGUGAUUCUGCGUACGAGGGGGUAUCAGUAAAAAAAGGAAGAAUGGCUCAACCACUGAAGAACUUCCUUGAAAACAAGCCGCUUGACAAGACAAACAAAGAUCUGAAGCGAAUGUCAGUGGAGAGGAUCUAUCAGAAGAAGACCCAGUUGGAGCACAUUUUGCUUCGACCGGACUCCUACAUCGGCUCUGUGGAGCCUGUCACCCAACAAUUGUGGGUGUAUGAUGAGGUGCUGGGACUGAACUCCCGUGAUGUGACGUUUGUGCCUGGGCUUUACAAGAUUUUUGACGAGAUCCUUGUAAACGCAGCUGACAACAAGCAGAGGGACAAGAGUAUGAACUGUAUCAAGAUCAACAUUGAUGUUGAAAACAACACCAUCAGUGUGUGGAAUAAUGGGAAGGGUAUUCCUGUGGUGCAGCACAAGGUGGAGAAGGUCUUUGUGCCGGCUCUCAUCUUUGGACAGCUCCUCACCUCCAGUAACUAUGAUGAUGACGAGAAGAAAGUCACUGGUGGACGCAAUGGAUAUGGUGCUAAGCUUUGCAACAUCUUUAGCACCAAGUUCACUGUGGAGACUGCCUGUAAAGAGUCAAAGAAGAAUUUCAAGCAGACUUGGUAUGACAACAUGAGCAGGACAGGGGAUUCUAAAAUCACACCCUUUGGGGGAGAUGAGUUCACUUGCGUCACCUUCACGCCAGACCUGUCCAAGUUUAAAAUGCGCACCCUGGACAAAGACACGGUGGCUCUUAUGACCAGGAGGGCGUACGACAUCGCUGGAGUCUCCAAAGGUGUCCGUGUGGUCCUCAACGGCAAGAAGAUCCCACUUACAGGCUUCCGUAGCUACGUGAACAUGUAUCUGAAGGACAGGCUGGACGAGGUUGGCAAUCCCCUCACCGUGGUCCACGAAAUCGUCAACGACCGCUGGGAGGUCUGCCUCACCAUGAGUGAGAAAGGUUUCCAGCAAGUCAGCUUCACCAACAGCAUUGCCACCACCAAGGGAGGGAGGCACGUCGACUAUGUGGCUGACCAGGUGGUCGCCAAGCUCAUUGAUGUGGUGAAGAAGAAGAAUAAAGCCGGGGUGGCCGUCAAGCCUUUCCAGGUGAAGAACCACCUAUGGCUGUUUGUCAAUUGCCUGAUUGAGAACCCCACCUUUGACUCUCAGACCAAAGAGAACAUGACACUGCAGCAGAAGACCUUUGGAUCCGUCUGUCCUCUCGGUGCACACUUCAUUAAAGAGGCCAUAUCCUGUGGGAUUGUGGAGAGUAUCAUGAACUGGGUGAAGUUCAAGGCUCAGAAUCAGCUCAACAAGAAAUGCUCGAGUGUUAAACACACCAAAAUCAAAGGGGUGCCUAAACUGGACGACGCCAACGACGCAGGUGGGAAGAACUCCAUCAGCUGCACGCUGAUCCUCACUGAGGGAGACUCGGCCAAGACGUUGGCUGUGUCCGGGCUGGGGGUUGUCGGCAGGGACCGAUAUGGCGUCUUUCCUCUCAGAGGAAAAAUGCUCAACGUCCGGGAGGCCACGCUCAAACAGAUCAUGGAGAACAAUGAGAUCAACAGCGUCAUUAAGAUCCUCGGCCUUCAGUACAAGAAGAACUACAGCGACCCAGAAUCCCUCAAGACUCUGCGCUAUGGCAAGAUCAUGAUCAUGACAGAUCAGGAUCAAGAUGGCUCCCACAUCAAGGGCCUUUUGAUCAACUUCAUCCACCAUAACUGGCCGUCUCUGCUGCGCCACAACUUCCUGGAAGAGUUCAUCACCCCCAUCAUCAAGGUGUCACACAAGAAGGAGCACAUCUCUUUCUACAGUAUCCCUGAAUACAAUGCAUGGAAGGACACGAAGACCAACCUCAAAUCUUGGAGAACAAAAUACUACAAAGGUUUGGGUACCAGCACAUCGCAGGAAGCCAAGGAGUACUUCUCGGAUAUGCAGAAACAUCGCAUCCCGUUCAAGUAUGGCGGACCUGCAGACGAUGAAGCUAUCACCCUUGCCUUUAGCAAGAAGAAAAUUGAGGAGAGGAAACUGUGGCUGACCAACUUCAUGUUGGACCGGCGCCAGCGCAGAGCUCACAACCUGCCUGAGGACUUCCUGUACGGUGCGAACACCAAGUCCCUCUCUUACAACGACUUUGUCAACAAGGAGCUGGUGCUUUUCUCCAACUCUGACAAUGAGAGGUCCCUCCCGUGCCUGGUGGACGGUCUGAAACCCGGCCAGAGGAAGGUGCUGUUCUGCUGCUUCAAGAGGAACGACAAGCGUGAGGUGAAGGUGGCGCAGCUGGCCGGAUCGGUGGCUGAGAUGUCAGCCUAUCACCAUGGAGAGAUCUCUCUGAUGAUGACCAUUGUUGGGUUGGCUCAGAACUUUGUGGGAAGCAACAACUUGAACAUGCUGCAGCCGAUGGGUCAGUUUGGAACCAGGUUGCACGGAGGCAAGGACUCUGCCAGCCCUCGAUACAUCUUCACCAUGCUCAGCCCUCUGACUCGCCUCAUCUUCCCAAAUAUGGACGACAACCUUCUCAAGUACAACAUUGAUGACAACCAGCGCGUAGAGCCGGAUUGGUACAUUCCCAUCAUCCCCAUGGUGCUGGUGAACGGCAGCGAGGGCAUUGGCACCGGUUGGGCCAGCAAGAUCCCCAACUUCAGCGUCCGAGAGAUAGUCAACAACAUCCGCCGUAUGAUUGCUGGAGAAGAGCCUCAGCUCAUGCUUCCAAACUUCAAAGGCUUCAAAGGCACAAUCGACAACGUGGUGGACAACGCGUACAUCGUCAGUGGAGAGGUGGCCAUCAUCGACUCCACCACCAUCGAGAUCUCUGAACUUCCUAUCAAAACAUGGACUCAGAACUACAAGGAGAACGUUCUGGAGCCCAUGAUGAACGGCACAGAGAAAGUCCCUCCUCUGAUCACUGACUACAGGGAGUACCACACCGACACCACCGUGCGCUUUCUGAUCAAGAUGACCCCCGAGAAGCUGAUCGAAGCCGAGGCUGCCGGCCUCCACAAAGUCUUCAAGCUCCAGAACAACCUCACCUGCAAUUCUAUGGUUCUGUUUGACCACAUGGGCAGCCUGAAGAAGUACGAGUCUGUACUGGAAAUCCUCCGGGACUUCUUCGAGUUGAGGAUGAAGUAUUAUUUGCUGAGAAAGGACUGGUUGGUGGGCAUGCUGGGAGCUGAAGGCGCUAAACUCAGCAACCAGGCCCGCUUCAUCCUGGAGAAAAUCGAGGGCACCUUGGUCAUUGAGAACAAGCCAAAGAAGGAGCUGAUCCGCAUGCUGCAGGAGAUGGGCUUCGACUCCGACCCAGUGAAGGCUUGGAAACAGGCUCAGGAGAAGAAUGUUGAUAUUGUGGAGGAAGAGCCGGCCGAGGAAGGAGUGGAGGUGGUGGACGCCAGCGGGCCGGACUUCAACUACCUGCUGAGCAUGCCCAUGUGGUACCUGAGCAAAGAGAAGAAAGAUGAGCUUUGCAAACAGAGGGACAACAAGUUGACAGAGCUGAGCACCCUGGAGAAAAAGAGUCCAUCAGACCUGUGGAACGAAGACCUGGCUGCUUUCUGCGAGGAACUGGAGAGGGUUGAGAAGAAGGAGAAGGAGGAGGCUGAAAUGCCCAUUGUUAAAAAGGGGGGUGGCAGAACGAAGGUGGUGAAGGUGAAGCAGGAGACGCUGCCCACGCCGCAGGGCCGCCGCGUCGUCCCGCGCAUCACCAGCGCCAUGAAGGCUGAAGCUAACAAGAAGGCCAUUCUGAGGAAAGGGGGCAAAAAAGUCAAGGGCGAAGACGUCGUGAUGAAGAUGGAGUUUGAAGAAGAUUCAGAGAACACAGAGCCAAGCGAGGACAACGGCUUGGCUGCACCAGUGAGGAAGAGAACUAAAACCCAGCCAAAGGAAAAGGGUGAGAAAGCUGCUUCAAAGACCGGCAAGCAGAGCACUCUUCAGUUCAAGGCUGUGGGGAAGAAGCCCAAGAAGAUUGCGUCGGACGAGGAGUCGGACGAAGAGUCGGACGAGGCGUCGGACGACAUGUUUGACAAUAUGUCCGACGAUGAAAUGAAUUCAGAGGAAGUGAUCGCCCCCAGGGUCGGUCGCACAUCUAAAGUUCCGGUGAAGUACAGCAUGUCCGACAGUGAAGAUGACUUUGAUGACGUGGGAAAGAAGAGUGCUCCUAAACGUAAACCCGUUAUCAGUGAUGAUGAUAGCUUUCUCCCGGAGCCAAUGUCCGACAGGGAAGUGGACUCUCCAGUCCCUCCUCCAAAAGCUCCAGAACCUGCGAAGAAAACGGCAAUAAGCAAACCGGCAGCUAAAGCAGCUCAGGCCAAGUCGAGCUCUCAAUCAGACGAUGCGGUGCCUGCUCCCAAAGCUCCAGUUCAACGUAAACCCAGAGCAGCCGCCCCGAAGAAACCUGCUGCUGCCAGGAAGCCGGCCGCAAAGAAGUCUCCAGUGCUCGAUGUGAGGCAGCCAUCCAUCAUGGAUUCUCUCACCAAAUCCAAACCGGUAUCGACCACCGCUACCAAGAACUACCCGUCGUUUGACUCCAGUGACUCGGAGGCUGAGGCCAAAGCUGCAAAGGCGAAGCCCAAGCUCGUUGCCAAGAGGAAACAGGUCCUUAGCGACGACUCCGACAGCUCGGGCGACCUCAUGUCACGUCUGAAGGCUAAAAAAACUACCAGCAAGAAAACCAAAAGGUGGGACGAGGACGAGAGCUUCAAUAUUUCAGACCAGGAAGCAGUGGCUCCCGUUGACACGGCAGUGCGAGAGGUGCCCGCACGUGCUCGCAAAGCUGUCAUCUACAAACUGGACUCGGACUCGGAAUCAAGUUAGGCUCUUAGUUAAACUGUUUAUGCCGUGUGAUUAAAAUGUGUAUUUUAUCACUUGAAGGAUUGCUUUUGGCGUAAAAAGACCUGCAGUCCCUAAAACAUAUUAUCACCGUUAUUGUAGCAAAAAAUGGUCACCCUGUCAAAGAAUUUAAAAAAGAAACAAAAAAAAGCGUACUCGUAUGACUGCAUUGGACUUGUAUGAAAGUCUUUUCUUAAAUCUUACUUUUUUUAAUGUCUUUUCGUAAUCCAGUCCUUUGUUUGUUGUCUUGUCCUGUAAAUAUUUCAAUGGCUGUUCUUUUUACAUUUAGAAAAAUAAAGUUUUUUUUGUAUUGUA